AAAGAAGAGGGUGUGAGGAGUGCAAAUAAAGAAAGGGUAAGGAUGUGUGAGAAAUAAGCUUAGCUAGUUCCUUGGAACCCUUUAUUAUUUAUGUGUGUUUGGGUGUCUCUUAAUCUUUCUCGCUAUAUAUAUAUUUUGUGGAUCAGAAACUGGCGUGGGUUGAACCUACAUAAUCUGAUCUGGCAGGGGAGAAAGAUAAGAAGAGGCGGGGCGGAGUGGUUGGUUUAGUUGAUCGAAGAGAGAGCUAGCUUAGUAGUAGUGCAUGUACGUACGUACUUUGAUCAUUCAAUUCAUAUCCCAGCGAUCGAUCGAAUUGAAGAAUAGGAAGGUAGCUAGCCUGGUAAAAAAGAGAGAAAGAUCGAAUGAGUUCAGCAGCAGCAGCAGCGAUGAAGAUGGGGGCGGGGCAGUUUGGGGACACGACGUACACGAAGGUAUUUGUGGGGGGGCUGGCCUGGGAAACUCACAAGGAAACCAUGGAGAAGUACUUCCAGCAGUUCGGUGACAUCUUGGAAGCUGUUGUCAUCUCCGACAAGGCCACCGGCAGAUCCAAGGGCUAUGGCUUUGUAACGUUUCGGGAGGCGGAAGCGGCGAUGAGAGCAUGCGUGGAUGCCUCACCAGUGAUUGAUGGGAGAAGGGCCAACUGCAAUCUUGCUUCUUUGGGUGUUCAAAGAUCUAAGCCAAACACUCCUAAUAAACAUCCUGCUGCUGCCGCAGGUGGAGUGAUGAAUUACAGCGUAAUGAAUGGGUUUCAGGGAGGAUUUGGAGCAACAACAACAUUUGCAUCAACCUUCCCUCAUUACGCCAUCCAACAAGGCCUCCCUUAUAAUCCUUAUGGGUACUCUUCUUAUUCGCCGGACUAUACCUAUCCCACGAGUUACUACGGGAUGUACGCUGCUGGGGCGACGGCAGGGCAGUAUCAAUUGUACGGAAGUGGGACGAAUGGAAUGGUAUCUGCGGCUGCCUUCUACCCUUACCUAAAUUUCGGCGACGGAAGCGGCGGAGCAACCACCGGUGGCUACACCGCCACUGCAGGCCAGCCCUACGGUGUACAGUACCCACACCACCUGUUUCAAUACUCCGCUGCCAUGAGCACCACCGCCGGGUACCCUGCACAUCACUACGCCACCCCCAUCUCUCUGGCGCACACGCCUCCACUCCAAUCAGUUUGUUGUUUUGUUGUGCCGCAGGCGUGAAGAUGGCGACCGCUGCAUUACGGACACCAAUUCCUCCACACCGUUAAGUUAGAGAUGCAUUCAUUCAUUGAAGCUAGGCUAAGGUAAGGGGAAACGUGCGCACGCGUGCAAGCCAAAACGUGCGCACGCGCACCGUAUCAUAAGUAGUACGAUGGAGUUGAGUUGAAAUGGUGAAUGGAGAUCAAUCGACUCAAUGUCUUUCGUAUAUCUAGCUAGCUACCACCUUUGCUAGGCUAGUAGCUACUGUUCACCAGCAGCAGCAGCAGGGCGUGAUGUGAUCUGACAUCUACGCUUCUCACCCGAUGCUCGGCCCAAAUAUGGCAUUUGAUCGAGCUACAGACCUUCAUUCUCCGCAUAUUGAUUGGGUUGGGUCGAGUACAAGGUGCGUAAGACCCGCCCACAUAUGCUCCACCUUGUCACCUUCUUAUCUCUUGCAAGGGAAUAUGGAUUCUUUCAAGAGACACAGAAGCUACAAUUAUUACAUAUAGAUCUAGAUAUACAAGCUACUUACUCCCAUGAAAAUCACGUGUUAGUAGCAUUCCUUUGUCCUUAAUUAGCCUCGGAUAGGCUAAUUAUAUUUCAUCACUAUAGCCAUUUAGGAAAUCAAACCCUUUUUUGAAUCAUAACUUAGGUUAUUGAAUCUUCAAAUUCCCGUGCCUCAAGGAAUUUUAUUAAUGGUUAAUAGGAUUCCAUUGGGACAUGACAAACAUGCAUUUAUUUGUAUUAGCAGGGACUUGUCAUUAAUGUUACAUGUUUAAUUAUGUAAUUAUUUGUUACGUAUUUGCCAAUAGCAACAUAUGCAAUAAGAGGAUUCGUUCUCC